AUGCGACCGCGAGCUCCCAAGCGUGUCUCGACCCGAACGACGCGAGUCAUAUCGGUGGGCAACGAAAGCGAAAGAGGCGACGAGGUGAAGUCACGCAGCAAUGCGGAGACCGCCAAAUCGAUGAUGCAGAGGGUUCUAGAGAUGCUGGCGAAGAUGGGAAGUGAGAUGGUGGAGCUGAAACAUCGAGUAUCCGAGCAAAGCGACACGAUCAGGAAGCUGAGCGCCACGGUUUACAAGCAAAGCACUAUCAUUCAGGGACAGGAAGAUCUGAUCCGAGGCUUGGAAGCCCAGGUCCAGGAAUCCAAGGAAGAGUUUCGACGUAAGAGCGAAGAGCACGACAAGGAAAUGAAACAGGAGCACCGGGAUCUUAAGAGAGAAUUGGUUGGAGUGAAAGAGCAGCUACACCAGCUGAUGCAAAAGCUGGAUGUAUCGGGCGAGGUGACUUUGCCAAGCGGCCCUCGAACAACGUUUGCGGACGUCGCGCGCGCCCUGCCAAACCGCCCGCCCUCCAGUACACGCAGCAUACCUGGUCCAACCAAACAGCAGACAACCAACGAGUCUGUCCAUUGUACCAUUGACACGUCUCGUGUAAGUGAGUCGAACAGGAACAAAGCGCAAAUCGGGCAGAUACGACAGGCCAUCGAGGUUGAGAUGAGAGCGAAGAACGGACAUGAGACCUGGAGAGACGAAGCCGAGCUUCAGCUGGUCAAAGAGGCGGCGCAGAAGACAGCCGUGGAGGGAGCGCGAGUCAUGAGAGACCAGCUGUAUCCGGUCCGGGUCGACAACGCCAACCGGACAGCUAUCCUCGACACGGAGGGCAAUGUCCUGCCCGGAGCGAUCGAAGCCUUGAGUGCGGAAAACAGAGUGACCAUUGGCAAGAUUUCCUGGCUGAGCAAACGAGAGUCUGGUAAAGCCUACGGAUCCAUGGUAGUAUACGUCACCAAGAAAAGCGAUGCAGAAAGGCUUCUGGACGGUUACUACUUUGACCUAGCGGGAGAGUCGGCCACCACUUAUACGUUCGAGCCAAGAACGGGACCGAUCCAAUGCUUCAAUUGCCAGGAGAUCGGUCACAAAGCAUAUUCAUGCAAGAAGCAGCGGACAUGCGGCAAGUGCGCAAACGCUGGGCAUCACCACCGAGUGCACACGAUGCUUGAGUCCCUCCGCAUCCUACAGCUGAAUGCACACAAGAGUGAUGUGGUGCAGCAGAGUCUGAUGAACGACGAAGACCUGAAGGAUUUUGUCGCACUGGCUAUAUCUGAGCCACAUGCGCGCAAUAUCGACGGAAAGGUGGUGACGAGUCCUAUGGGACAUCGUAACUGGACAAAGAUGAUUCCGACGUGUGUUCGUGACGCCUCAUGGCCGAUCCGCAGCAUGCUCUGGAUCCGAAUUCGACUCGAGAGGAGGGAGGUGAUGGUGGUGUCAGUGUAUGUGGAAGGGAAGAACGACGAGGCGCUGGCGAGCGCGAUGGAGGUGUUGCGCGACGUGAUCGAUCGCUUCCGCAAUGGAACAGGAAACCGCACAGAUAUGGUUCUGGCGGGGGACUUCAAUCGCCACGAUCUCCUCUGGGGCGGAGAUGAGGUGUCAGCGAGAAGACAAGGGGAAGGGCCGGACAAGGAGAGCACCAUCGACCUGGUGCUGGCAUCGGCAGAACUGGCAGACGAGGUGAUAUCCUGCGUGAUUCACCCGACAGAGCACGGAUCAGACCACAGAGCGAUCCAGACGACCUUUGACAUUCAAGUACCGGAGCGAAUGUUUCCGCAGCGCCUGCUGCUCAGGAACGCGCCGUGGGUCGCCAUCGCAGCCAGGGUCGAGGACGAGCUUCGACCUCUUCCGUGGAACGUGGGGGUGCAGACGCAGGCGGAUCAGCUCAUGCGGGUGGUCACCAAGGUGCUGCACGAUCUGACACCCGGGCACAGCCGCCGCCUUACGCGAAACGAUGCGAGGGCACAGCGACGAGCCGGCCAGUCACGGCCGGAUCUGGAGCAACGCGCCAAGGAGGCUGCCAAGGAGUACCACGACAACUUGCGGAGACAGAAAAAGGCCCAUUGGGAUGACUUCGUCACGGACGAGAGCAACAUCUGGAAGGCAGUCAAGUAUGUGAAGUCUGGUACGGAGAUGACAGAUGACAAGGUGCCGCCGUUGAAGAGAGCCGACGGCUCGAUCACCGAAGGCAAGGGCGAGCAAGCAGAGGAGCUCCUGAGCACCUUCUUCCCGCCUCUGCCAACGAGGAUCGAACCGGAGGGUGAACGUCCGCAAAGAGAAGAGAUAGCCAUGCCGGACCUCACCUUGCAAGAGAUUGGGGAUAAGGUGAUGGCGGCGAAGCCUUGGAAAGCGCCUGGGGAGGACGGUCUUCCUGCGAUGGUUUGGAAGAAGCUCUGGCACGUGGUCAAGGUCCGGAAACCUGGUAAAGGAGAUUAUACCUUGGCCAAGGCGUGGCGACCGAUCUCUCUUCUGUCGACCCUUGGCAAGAUUCUGGAAGCAGUCGUAGCAGAACGCAUCAGCUACGCAGUUGAGGCCCAUGGGCUUUUGCCCGCGAACCACUUCGGCGCUAGGAAACGUAGAUCGGCAGACCAAGCACUAGUGCUUCUGCAGGAGCGGAUCUACAAGGCGUGGAGAAUGGGCAGAGUGCUAAGCCUCAUCAGCUUUGACGUUAAAGGGGCAUACAAUGGAGUUUGCAAAGAGCGGCUGCUUGACAGGAUGAGAGCAAGGCAUCCCGGACAGAUUGGUCGUCUGGAUGGACGCAUUCUGCUCGGAACGGACCGCGGAUCGCCACUGUCGCCAGUGGCUUUUCUUUUCUUCAACGCGGACCUGGUGCAAAGACGGAUCAGUAACAACGGUGGGUCCAUCGCCUUUGUGGACGAUUACUCUGCCUGGGUCACGGGACCAACGGCAGAGUCGAACAGAGAUGGUAUUCAGUCGAUUAUCGAGGAUGCGCUCGAUUGGGAGAAGCGCAGCGGAAACGAUAUCAAGCCGAAGAAGAACGUGAAGCUCUUGGGAGUCAUCAUGGACAAAGCGCUUCGCUUCAAAGAGCACAUCGCCAGUGCGGCCGCCAAGGGGCUGGCCGCGGCCAUGUGCUUGAAACGACUGAAGAUGGCCUCGCCACGGAUGGCGAGGCAACUGGCCCAGCGAAUUGGAGCCCAGGCAGUCACGGAGGCUUCCGCACAGUUGCAACGGCAGUGGCCGAGGCCGAGGCCGGAGUGCAAUCAGUUCGAGAACGGCACACUCAAGCAGCGACGAAAUUCUGGAUAA